UGUUAACCCAGGACCCAGCAAGUGGGAGAGACACUGCAAUAUGAUACUCUGAGAGAGAGAGAGAGAGAGAGAGAGAGACACGCACACACAGAACAGAACCGAAGGAUUCAUGUGCUAAGGAUUUGUGGUUUCAUGUAUACCAUCCUUCACCCUCUCCCUUUGUCUGUCUCUCUGUCUCCUUGUUUCUGAAGAAAUAAACAGAAAAGGAAAGUUUUUUUCCAGUAAGUUAGGCUUAUAGAGGGACGAAAAUGUUGUCUUCUGUUUUGGUCAUAAAAGAGACAGAAAGAAGUUUAAUCAUGGUAAAUAAUGAGAAGCCAACCAGCACCCUGUAAAUUAAGUUCACAAUGUCAAGGCAAGCUCACCUUCCUCCACGCUGCCCAAUCCUGAAGAAACCCAUUGCUGGCAUUCAUGAAUCUGUUGCUCCACAGCACCAUAAGUCUUCCUCCCAAAUCUCCAUCCCUGAGGAGCCGCCAACAUGGCUUGAUGACUUAUUAAGUGGCCCAGAUUCCAACUCCAAGGGAAUGUACCAUCGUCGAUCAGUUAGCGACUCUAUUGCGCUUUUGGAUGCCCUUGCAGACACGUUCCCAAGUCUGGCUUUGCAUAGAGAUGAUGAGAACUCAGUUGUUAAUGAGACUUGUAACGGUUUGGAAUCAGCUUGUACCUAUGGUCCUAAUUCCCCUCGGAAAAAAAGCAAUUUAACAUUUGUAGAGAAUGCCAUAGUUUCAGCAUUGUCUGAAUCCGUUUCUCAGGAACCUACACAUUAUGUAGAUGGGAAUCUUCACAUUUCUGCAACUACUCGCGCUGAUUGGAAAGGAGAUGAUUGUCAUUCAGUUGGUGAUCUAAACACAGAGAACAAGCCUGUAAAAGGGCACUCUGGCCAGCGAUCAAGGGUUCGUAAACUCCAGUAUAUUGCUGAACUGGAAAGAACUGUAGAUGGUUUGCAGACUCUGGAAUCAGGAUUGGCAGUCAGAGUCGCUGCUCUUCUUCAGCAACGUGUGUCUUUGUCCAUGGAAAACUGCAAAUUAAAGGAGCAGAUGUCCAGACUGCAGCAACAAAAAUUAAUAAUGGAGCGUCAAUAUCUGUCUCUGAAGAAGCAACUUGAGAGAUUGAAGAUUUGUUUUGCAAAAUCCCCAGAUAACAAGAUUAGCACAUAUUUUGGGUCUAGUCCGGCUGCAGACGCAACUAGAGUAGACGCUACUUGGCAGAUGUUAGAUAUGGGAAAACUUGACAUUAGUUGAGACUGAAAUGCUGAAUCAUGAUUUUUAGGUUGAUUCCCUGAAAGCUGUGGCUCUUUUGCUUCAUCUGCAUUAUGUUUGAUGCGGAUGC